CAUUCAUCUUCCUUCCAGAGAAAAAUCGUCUCUCUAAUGGCGUCUUCUUCCUCUUCUUCUCGUCCUCCUCCUCUUCCUUUAGGUGCAACGCAGUUGCUUGAUGCAGCCUCCUCUGGAGAGCUGGUGCCGUUAAAGAGAACGAAGAUGGUUCAACCGCCCUUCAUUUGGCAGCUGCGAAAGGAAGUACUCACAUCUGCAAGUAUCUUGCGGAGAGCAGGGAAAAUAAAACUCGAUAUUGAUCUGACGAAUGAGAAAUCAGCAUUAACAAUCGUAAAUCAGAAAGUGGUGGUUCAUGGGAAUGAGAUUUAUCUCUUACCCGGUGAUAACUCUGAAUAUGAAGCUUACUUCAGAGAAGGAUGUUGCUAUGAUUGUAUUGAUAGGAGGUGUACUCAUAUCAUCUUAAUGGAUGCAACCUGCCUUUGAGUGUAAUAUCCCAGCUGAAGAUGUUUGGCAUCCUACAUUUUGUUUUCUCUGGAGCCAUAUAGAUCUGUGAGAUUUUUUUCAUCAAGUGAGAGAUAGUGGAGCAUAUUAUCCUUAGAACUAUAAUCCAAUGCAACGCAAGUAAAAACACAAAUGUAAU